CUCUGCAGCGAAUUGGAGUAAAUUCUUCGUUUUUUCGUGACACAUCUAUGUGAGGUGUGGUUGUAAUUUUUUGUUAAAUUCACUUAAAAUAUUUAGCAAAACACCAAAAUAUUUGUAACAAUUCAUACAAUACACUUAGUGAAUUAGGAAUAUAUACUUAGAUAACCAUGGCGAACAGAUUACCGGCUUGUGUGAUUGAUGUGGGCACCGGUUAUACGAAAUUGGGCUUUGCUGGCAAUAAGGAACCACAAUUCAUUAUUCCCUCAGCCAUCGCUAUCAAAGAGUCGGCCCGUGUGGGUGACACUAAUAGCCGUCGCAUAACCAAAGGUGUGGAAGAUUUGGAUUUUUAUAUAGGCGAUGAGGCAUUUGAUGCAACUGGCUACUCCGUUAAGUAUCCCGUCCGCCAUGGCCUGGUCGAAGAUUGGGACUUGAUGGAACGUUUUCUGGAGCAGUGUGUCUUUAAAUAUUUAAGAGCUGAACCUGAAGAUCAUCAUUUCUUGCUAACAGAACCUCCAUUGAAUACUCCCGAAAAUCGAGAGUAUACUGCCGAAAUUAUGUUUGAAACUUUUAAUGUUCCUGGUCUAUAUAUUGCUGUACAGGCCGUUUUGGCAUUGGCCGCCAGUUGGGCUUCCAGACCAGUUGAGGAACGUACCCUCACUGGCAUUGUAGUUGAUAGUGGAGAUGGUGUUACUCAUGUCAUUCCAGUGGCUGAAGGUUAUGUCAUUGGCUCAUGUAUUAAACAUAUACCAAUUGCUGGACGCAACAUCACCUCAUUCAUUCAGAGUCUUUUACGUGAACGUGAAGUUGGAAUACCACCCGAACAAAGUUUAGAAACUGCCAAAGCCAUCAAAGAGAAACAUUGCUACAUAUGUCCCGAUAUAGCCAAAGAAUUUGCUAAAUAUGAUGCCGAACCGGGAAAGUGGAUUCGCAACUAUACCGGCAUUAAUGGUGUAACAAAACAACCCUUUACCGUUGAUGUGGGCUAUGAAAGAUUUUUAGGUCCAGAAAUUUUCUUCCAUCCUGAAUUUUCAAAUCCAGACUUCACCAUUCCCAUAUCGGAGAUUGUCGAUAAUGUCAUACAGAAUUGUCCCAUUGACGUUCGGAGGCCAUUGUACAAUAAUAUUGUGCUUAGUGGUGGUUCAACAAUGUUUAAAGAUUUUGGACGGCGUUUGCAACGAGACAUUAAACGUUCGGUAGAUACACGCUUACGUAUAAGUGAAAAUUUAUCGGAAGGAAGAAUAAAGCCUAAACCCAUUGAUGUUCAAGUCAUUACUCACCACAUGCAACGCUAUGCCGUUUGGUUUGGUGGCAGUAUGUUGGCUUCAACUCCCGAAUUCUAUCAGGUUUGUCACACAAAAGCUGCCUACGAAGAAUAUGGACCCGGAAUUUGUCGUCACAAUCCAGUAUUCGGUACAAUGACAUAAUCAUGCAUUAUUUUUCCACUUCAAAGGGUCUAUUUUAAAUAUUUUAUUGUGAAUUCGGUUGAUUCAAAAUAUUGAUUCUAGUUGUCUUUUCGCUAAGACAAAAAUAAUUUCUAUUUGGUUUCAAAAAAGUCUUUCUUUUUCUUCCUAAUAUUUUUUUUUCAAUUUCUAUUGAUUUCACGUCACAGCUGUGUGAUGGAUCUUGUGUAUUUCUUUAGACUAACAAAAAACAAAAUAUGAGAAAACCCGGUCAGUCUAACCGUCUAGACUUUGUUUUUGCAUUUUCUUUCUCGCCUGAGUAUUAAAUAUUAUACAUAUAUUUUAAUUUUUUUUAUAAAUAACUUAUAUAUAUUUUAAAAGAACAGUACAUUUAACUAUAAAUUUGGCCAAAUGAAAAAAUAAAAUUUUACUAGAAAUAUAUAUACAUUUCUUCCUCCUUCUAUAUAUUUACUCACCAUCCCAUGACAUCUACAUCCUUGAAAAUCAUUAUUUCUCACUAUAUAAUUUUAUAAUGAUGAAAAAUAAAGCUUUUCCUUAAAUCCUAAGAUAAACUGAUUCAAACCAAUUGGAGCCGAUGUAAUCUAGCUCUUGAAACUAAAAAAAAAACAA